AUGGAGUAUCCUCUGGUGUGGGUUCUCAUCCUGGUGCUGCUCAACUUCACUACAGAGCCCAUUUCAAACGUGACUCUAAGGGCCAACGCCACUGAUCUAGUGGAAUUAAACGACACUGCAAUUUUCACCUGCUCUGUCUCCUCUGGCACCUCCCUCUCCUACCGCUGGCUGAAUGGCAGCUCAGAGGUCACAGCCAGUGACAGAGUUUGGCUUGGUGUUGGUUACAACACUCUUACCAUAGUCAGUGUGACACGAUACGAUGAAGGGCCGUUCAGAUGUGAGGUCAUCAAUGGAAUCAGCAAUGGCACCAGCCAGCCCAUCGGCCUCAAUGUUAGAUAUGGCCCAAGUAACCUCACCAUGAUGGUAGUUCCUGAGAUGACCGUAGGACAUACAGCCUACAAGACGGGCUCUGUCAUCACUCUGUCCUGCUCCGCUCAGUCCAAACCCGCUGAGUCCUUCAAGUGGAGGUUUAAUGGGACGUUUCUCAAUGAGCAAAGCCCGAAGCUCAGCCUGCAGAACACCAGGGAGAACCAGACAGGAAGUUACACCUGCUUAGCCUACAACAAUGUCACACUCCGAUACGCCACCAUGAGCACAAUGAUAAAGAUUGUGGAGCCGAUAUCAGCGGUGUCGUUGAACCGUGAUGGGAAUCUACCGAUACUGGAUCAGUCCUUCACUCUGCGGUGUGAGGUGACUGGACCUGUAGACUACAUUCACUGGCUGAUGAACGGCCAGCUCAUCUCCCUAAACAACAGAACAUUCUUCUCUACGGACAACAACACAAUGGUUAUCAACCCAAUCCAGUUUUCUGACAAUGGAGAAUAUCUCUGUGAGGCCUUUAAUGCUGUUAGCAACCUGACCAGCAUGACAUACAAGCUUGUGGUGAACUUUGGACCAGAGAGACCUGCUGUAACUAGUCCGGAUAUAGCAAUGACAGGACACAUCGUGACCUUCAACUGCUCAGCCUCCUCUCAGCCUCCCAGCCAGUUCAGCUGGUUCUUCAAUGGCUCCCAGGUAGCGACUGGCUCAGUGUACAAGACUGGCCCACUGACCUUAGCCAGUAAUGGGGAGUACACCUGUGUGGCCUUCAACAACAUCACUGGCAGAAACAGAACUGUCUCCAAGAUGCUCAUUGUUGUUGAUCCAGUCACUAUGACCAUGGUGAAAGCCAUGGGAUCCCAGCCAAUACUGAACCAGACAUUCUCUCUGACCUGUGAGACAUCUGGAACAAUUUACUCCAUUCAUUGGAUGAGGAACGGCUGGCCUCUGUAUGCUGACAACAGAACAGACUUCUCUAUGAACAACAAAACACUGACCUUCAACUCCGUCCAGCAUUCUGACAACGGAGACUAUCAGUGUUCUGCCUCUAACCCCCUCAGCAACAUGACCAGCCCAGAAUACAGACUGAUCGUCAACUAUGGUCCAGAGAGACCUGUUAUCAUGAGUCCGAAUAUAGCAAUGACAGGACACAUCGUGACCUUCAACUGCUCUGCCUCCUCUCAGCCUCCCAGCCAGUUCAGCUGGUUCUUCAACGGCUCCCAGGUAGCGACUGGCUCAGUGUACAAGACUGGCCCACUGACCUUAGCCAGUCAUGGGGAGUACACCUGUGUGGCCUUUAACAACGUCACUGUCAGAAACAGCACUGUCUCCAAGAUGCUCACCGUCAUUGCACCUGUGACCAUGACCAUGGUGAAAGUCAUUGGAGCCCAGCCAAUACUGAAUGAGAGAUUCUCUCUGACCUGCGACACCACUGGAACGGUUUACUCCAUUCAUUGGAUGAAGAACGGCUGGCUUCUGUAUGCUGACAACAGAACAGACUUCUCUAUGAACAACAAAACACUGACCUUCAACUCUGUCCAGCAUUCUGACAACGGAGACUAUCAGUGUUCUGCUUCCAACCCCCUUAGUAACAUGACCAGCCCAAACUAUAGACUGAUCGUGAACUAUGGACCAGAGAUGCCUGUUAUAACGGGACCAGCAAUAGGAGAAACAGGACACAACUUGACCUUAAACUGCUUGGCCUCCUCUCAGCCUCCCAGCCAGUUCAGAUGGUUCUUCAAUGGCUCCCAGGUGGCGGCUGGCUCAGUGUAUGAGACUGGCCCACUGACCUUAGCCAGUCAUGGGGAAUACACCUGUGUGGCCUUCAACAAUGUCACUGGCAGAAACAGAACUGUCUCCAAGAUGCUCACCAUCAUUGGUAAGACAGAAGAGACAUCCAAACUGUUUAACUUGUACAUGUAG